AUGUCCCAAGAAGAAGCGACCAAAGCUGCAACUGAAGGUGUUGCCAACCUACACCUCGAUGAAGUUACCGGUGAGAUGGUUUCCAAGUCUGAAUUGAAGAAAAGAAUCAAGCAAAGACAAGUGGAAGCCAAAAAGGCUGCUAAGAAGGCUAAUGCUCAACCAAAACCAGAACCUAAGAAGAAGGUCAACGACGCUUUUGCCGACUUGGAUCCUUCCCAGUACUUUGAGGCCAGAUCCCGCCAAAUCAAUGAAUUGAGAAAGACUCAAAGUCCAAACCCAUAUCCUCACAAGUUCCAUGUUUCUGUCGGCUUGGCUGACUUCUUGCAAAAGUACGCCUCUUUGAAAAGAGGUGAGACUUUGCCUAACGAGAAGGUCUCUAUUGCAGGUAGAAUUCACGCCAAGAGAGAAUCUGGUUCCAAGUUGAAGUUCUACGUCUUGCAUGGUGAAGGCGUUGAAGUCCAAGUGAUGUCUCAGUUGCAAGACUACCAUUCUGAAGCCGAUUACGAAAAGGACCACGAAUUGUUGAAGAGAGGUGAUAUCGUGGGUGUUGAAGGUUAUGUUGGUAGAACUCAACCAAAGAAGGGUGGUGAAGGUGAAAUUUCUGUCUUUGUAUCCCGUGUUCAAUUGCUAACACCAUGUUUGCACAUUUUGCCAGCUGACCACUUCGGUUUCAAGGACCAAGAAACCAGAUAUAGAAAGCGUUACUUGGAUUUGAUCAUGAACAAGGACGCUAGACCUCGUUUCAUUACUCGUUCCAAGAUCAUUUCAUACAUCAGAAGAUUUUUGGACAGCAGAAACUUCGUUGAGGUUGAGACCCCUAUGAUGAAUGUGAUUGCCGGUGGUGCUACUGCUAAGCCUUUUGUCACUCACCACAACGAUUUGAACAUGGACAUGUACAUGAGAAUUGCUCCAGAACUAUUCUUGAAGGAACUAGUUGUCGGUGGUAUGGACAGAGUUUACGAAAUCGGCAGACAGUUCAGAAAUGAAGGUAUUGACAUGACCCAUAACCCUGAGUUUACCACAUGUGAGUUCUAUCAAGCCUACGCUGAUGUUUACGAUUUGAUGGACAUGACUGAAUUAAUGUUCUCCGAGAUGGUCAAGGAAAUUACUGGCUCAUAUGUUAUUAAGUACCACCCAGAUCCUUACAACCCAGAAAAGGAGUUAGAAUUGAACUUUGCCAGACCAUGGAAGAGAAUCAACAUGAUCGAGGAAUUGGAAAAGAGACUCAACGUCAAAUUCCCACCAGGCGACCAAUUGCACACUGCUGAGACCGGCGAAUUUUUGAAGAAGGUAUUGGCUGACAACAACCUAGAAUGUCCUCCUCCUUUGACAAAUGCUCGUAUGCUUGACAAGUUGGUCGGUGAAUUGGAAGAUACCUGUAUCAACCCAACCUUCAUUUUCGGUCACCCUCAAAUGAUGUCUCCAUUGGCUAAGUACUCAAGAGAUCAACCAGGUCUAUGCGAACGUUUUGAAGUUUUUGUUGCAACUAAGGAAAUUUGCAACGCCUACACAGAAUUGAACGACCCAUUCGAUCAAAGAGCCCGUUUCGAGGAACAAGCCAGACAAAAGGAUCAAGGUGAUGAUGAAGCUCAAAUGAUUGAUGAAACCUUCUGUAAUGCACUAGAAUAUGGUCUUCCACCUACUGGUGGCUGGGGUUGUGGUAUUGAUAGAUUGGCCAUGUUUUUGACUGACUCUAACACUAUUAGAGAGGUUCUUCUGUUCCCAACUUUGAAGCCAGACGUUCAAAAGGAAUCUGAAGAAGACAAGGUUAAGACUUAG